AUGUCAACUGAAGAUUCCCCGACCCUCGAUACAACCGUUCGCCGCCGUGCGCGAACUAAUCUGCACAGCCUCUUCACGCGCAGCCGUUUCCGUCACUCCAGCCGCCGCCGCCAUUCCAACCUUGCCACUGUCCCCUCUUCCGACCAAGAUCGCUCCUCCGUCCCCGAGGACGGCAGUUUCUCUUCCUUCCUCCAUCGCUAUCGCCCGCACCCCCCAAGUACCCCGCGAGAGAGCCCCCCGAAGCCGAUCUACAUUUACCCGGGCUUGCUACGCAUCUUCCGUGAUAAGGCCAUCGCCCUGGAUAAUCAAUGCCCCGCUGUACAUUACAAGUGUCGCGAGUGCCGCAAGGAUCAAAAAACCCCUGUCGCUGAUCGGCAAGUCCCUCCCGAAAACGGUGACUCAGAUUUUGGUCAUUCGGCUAUGCAGAUACCCCCGCUGCAUCUCAUCGCCCCCCAGUGCCCGCACCAGGUGUCGUGCGCUAUAUGUCUUGAGGAGUUCCAUGGCAAAGACCUCGUCCGCAAACUCCCGUGCAACGUCAACCACGUCUUUCACUCCAAGUGCAUUUUGGACUGGUUUAUUUCGCAGCAUCGAUGCCCUCUCUGUAAUGAGUCGGUGACGAACCACACCCGCACUAAUCAGACGGAGAUUCGCCGUGUUCCAGGCACUCCCCAUCGUAUGAACGCAGACGGCGAACUGCUUGCAACGGACACGCAAACCGACGUGCAUGCGCAGCAGCCUACUCUAAGCGCGUCUGAAAUCUCCUCAUCACAGCCAGCUGCACGUGAUCAAUCGCGCGGGCAACCUUCAGCUCACCAUCGCCGCCACGAAACACAGGUUUCUCGCCAGAAACCCCCGCCCGGCGAGAAGGGCAAGAAGAAGCAGAGAGGUUCGCGCACGUACUCAUACAUCGUACACGACAGCGUGCGCAUGGAGCUGAAUCGUGUCACUCCUGUUUAGGCUUCAUUUCCUUGGCUUAGCUGACUUCAUCAUGUGGCGAAGCAGCACCGCUUUUUCGUGGACUGUUAGAUUGUCGAAGCCCAUCAUCGGGGUUGAUGCAGAUGAUCACCUUGGAGAAUGUUUCAGUGACUUGUGUCUGUUCGUUUGUCCUCUUAUCGUUUUCUGUUGGAGGAAGAGAAUAUGUGUUCUUUUUAUUGAAGGGGUAGAUUCGCCGAUCUAUCACGCUGGCUCCCGCUGAUUACAGAACAUUUAAGACUCCUUUUCGGGACUGACACAAGACGUUUCUCUGCAAUGCUCGAGACGAUCAAACACAACAUUGCCGGGACGACAUGUGAAAAUAUGGCAUAACAAACCCGGAGACCUGACACUCGCAAUUUGUUAGAUCAUGUGAAGAAGCUGAAUCUUUUAGAAACUAGGUUUGAAGCUCCGUCGAGAAGAUAUAGUUGCUCCGUUUUGAGGACAAGUUCCGGUCACGGGGACCUUCGUAUAUAGGGCACCCCUCAGUGUCAACAGCAAAUAAAGCUAAGCUGUGCUUGUGGUUUCGCUAGUUCCCGACUCUCUCA